CAAAUAUGGCUGCGUCCGUAGGCGCCGUACGGUGGUCCGAGCAAGCCGGUUGUUUCUAAAACCAAAAAAGUAAAAGGAAUCGGAGCGUGAGGGCGAUCGUUGUCACUGGAGCCCACAGCGGGGAGAUGAUCCACGAGUUGCUGCUGGCAUUGAGCGGGUAUCCGGGCAGCAUCUUCAGCUGGAACAAGCGCAGCGGCCUACAGGUAUCUCAGGAUCUGCCAUUCCUACACCCCAGUGAAAUCAGUGUCUUAAACCGUUUGUGCAAGUUAGGCACGGACUAUAUACGCUUCACUGAGUUUAUUGAACAAUACACUGGACAUGUACAGCAGCAGGAGUGCCACCCGACCCAGCAAGGCCAGGCUGGAUUGUAUGGGAUUUAUCUUCGUGCCUUUUGUACUGGGUUAGACUCCAUGCUGCAGCCCUACAGACAGGCUUUACUUGAUCUUGAACAGGAGUUCUUGGCAGACGCCCACCUCUCCAUCUCUCAUGUUAACUAUUCUUUGGAUCAGUUUCAGCUGCUGUUCCCAUCUGUUAUGGUGGUAGUCGAACAAAUGAAAUCUCAAAAGAUUCAUGGCUGUCAACUUCUGGAGACCGUUCACCAACACAGCUGUGGGGGGCUUCCACCAGUCCGCAGUGCACUGGAGAAGAUCCUAGCAGUGUGUCAUGGUGUGAUGUACAAGCAGUUAUCUGCAUGGAUGCUGCACGGCCUGUUACUGGACAAGUAUGAGGAGUUCUUUAUCAAGCAAGGGCCUUCCUCUGACAGUGUUAGCACCCAGCCUGAGGAGGAAGAUGAAGAAGAUCUGGGAAUCAGAGGCUUGACUGGAAAGCAGCUCCGGGAGCUUCAAGACUUG